AUGGAAGUGCAGAAUGACUAUGAUCCAUCCAUCGGCUUCCGCAUCAAAGGCAAGGCCAAAUUGCGCGAAGCUCCUCAAGACACGUGUGUCAUCUGCCUGGAUGCUGUCACUGAACGCGCCGUCGCUGUGCCCUGCAACCACUUGAAUUUCGACUUUCUCUGUUUAUUGAGUUGGUCUCAAGAACACCCUUCCUGCCCACUAUGCAAGGCCCCCUUGACUGCCAUUGAGUACGACUGGCGCUCUCCAACAGACCGCAAAGUCUAUACCAUCCCAAAGCAGGACGAAGCCGACAAGACACCCACUGUCGCAUCCGCCACUUCUCUCAUCCGUCCAUCCCGCCGACGACCUGCUACAUCCCACCGUCCGCUACACACAAAUCCAGAUGCUGCUCUCGCUUUUCGUCGUCGCAUCUAUGCAGACCAAAACUACAGCCUCCACGUAGGCGCAAACCGUACCUCGCAAUACCGCAACUUCACACCCGCCACCUUCACCACUUCUCCCGCUCUUCAAUCACGCGCUCGCCUCUUUAUGCGUCGCGAACUGCAUGUCUUCGAUUUCCUGGCCGACAACAAUGCCAGACUUGGUUUUCUAAUCGAGUACAUUGUCGCUAUUCUCAAGACGACCGAGGUNAAAGAUGCCUCUGGCUCUGCGAGUGCCUUGGUAGCUGAAUUCCUGGGAACAAAUGCCGCCUCAUUGUUCUUGCACGAACUUGAGGCUUGGUUGAGGUCACCUUACGAAAGACUGGAAGACUGGGAUCGCCACGUUCAGUAUGCGCCUAAGCGACCUAGGUACUCGAAUGGAUGA